AUGGCUCUGCACAAAAAGGGCAUCUCAUUCACGCUCUACGAAGAUGCAAAGGAAUAUUCGGCGGUGGGCGCUGGCAUCGGCUUCGCCCCUAAUGGCAUGCGCACGAUGGAUCUCAUCGAACCUGCUUUCCGGCCUCUUUACGAGGCCAUUUGUGUAGGAAACAAGGGCGAAGAUGCACAGGACAUCUUCUUCGAGGGUAUGCUAGUUGAAGAGGGUCUCGGUCGUGAUAAGCCUUGGUACGGCCAUUCUGGAUGGGGUCACCCAGAUUACGUCCGAAAAUCUGCGCAUAGAAAGACACUUCUCGACAUCAUGACUAGCUUCAUCCCGAUCGAGAAUGUCAAGUUCAACAAACGUCUUACGAAUAUCGAACAGCGGCCUGACGGCGUCACCCUGUCAUCUCAAGAUGGCACCACAGCCGAGUGCUCAGUUCUUGCUGGUGCCGAUGGCAUCAAGAGUACAGUUAGAGCCAACGUUCUUGAACACUACCCCAACCAGAUCGCGCCCGUGUACGCAGGCGCCUAUUGCUAUCGUGCUGUCAUUCCCAUGGCGGAAGCCUACGAAAUUCUUGGCGACCUCACCGACGUUGCAAAGAUCUAUUUCGGACACGGGCGCGGCGCUGUUACCUAUCGCAUCUCAGGAGGCGAUGAGUUCAACUACCUUCUUUGCGUUGACGAUUCCCUCGACGGUUGGAAGCUCGAGGGUGCUGUUACGGAGACCAUAUCGCACGAGGCUAUGAUGUCUGACUUUGAGGACCCGCGCAUUGACGAUCGCCUCAGACAGCUCCUUACCAAGGCCAAGCCUGUCAAAUGGGGCUUCUUCCACCAUAUUCGUACAGCUUCAUACUAUCGUGAUCGCGUAGCCCUAAUCGGCGACAGUGCUCAUGCCUCGCUACCUUUCCAAGCCGCGGGAGCAGCCCAGGGUCUAGAAGACGCUCUGGUCCUGUCCAGCAUCCUUUCAGAAGUCGCCAAGAUGCCCGAGCGCGGCGCAGAUCUCGCACCUUUUAUAAAAGCAGGCCUAUCUGCCUACGACUCCGUUCGACGUCCUCGUGCGCAGAAGCAGCUGGAGCAGGCUGCUGAAGUUGGGCGCAUGAUCUUCUUUCAGCAUGAGGAGGCUGGUGCGGACAUGGACAAGAUUCUGCCUAGAUUGCAGCAGGGAAGGUUCAACUGGCUGUGGUUUCACGAUACGAAUGAUGAUGUGAAGGAGGCUAUUAAGAGGAUGCAGAAGCAAAUCAGUGUAGGUGGGCCGUCUGUUGCUAGGAUAUGA